AAGCCGCGCUCUUUUGGACGCAGAGCGCGAACUAGAAGCGUGUCCGCUCGCGCUUUCUCUCCGUGUCACCGCGGACAAAAUGCAGCGGCUCGGCAAUAUCCUCGCCGUGUUACUGUGUGCUGCCUUCGCCCACCGGCAGGCCGGCGCGGAAAAAGAAAGAGGCAAAUUGAUCCCAGUAAUAGUAAAUGAAGGACAUGCAUAUUCUGCCAAUAAAAUGGAGCUCUUUUGUUAUGAAUUUACUCAAAAGCCUAUGCUCACUGAUUAUUGGUCUGCUGUGGAGAUUAAAAUCCACUGUUCGAAGCCAUUGCACCUUACAUAUCCUGCAGCAGAAAACUUUUCUAAUACAUCUGAAACUCUGUUAGACUUCAUUGUGCACUUCUACAAUGCCGCAUCAUCGGCAGAGAGACUGGCUUCGGAAUUCAACAUAAGUGUUGAACGCUUUGAUAGAAAGACUUGUUUCAAAAUAAACCCAGUGAAUUCUCAUUCAAUGUAUGGCAUUACUGUAACAAAGCAAUCAUUUGCACCAAAUCUGUUUAUUCUGUUUGUGACUGGAAUUAUCCUGUUCGUUUUUGCAAGACCCAUUAGCAGGAGUGAACUGUUUUAUUACUGUGGUGGAGUUGCUUUAGGAAUCUUUGCAGUAUUAGUCCUUAUCGUCCUGGUUUGUAGAAGGUGGAUGCAAACCAGGACAUUCGUGUUUCUAAUGAUCGGAAGUGGGUCAGUUUCAUUAUCUGUGAUUUAUUUAGGUGUCUUACACCUAUCCCAGUAUCAGCACCACCUUUAUGGUUAUAUUCUUGUGCUUGGUUGUCUAAGCUAUAUUAUUUGCUAUAACCAUGGGCCGUUGUCAGAUGAACGUAGCAUAAUUCUGCUUAUGUGGACUUUACAGUUGGCAGCAUCACUGAUGAUAUACCUCGGUGUUACAUUCAGUCAAUGUGCUUACACUGCCAUAGUUAUUCUGUUAUGUGCAUGCAACUUCCACCAUGCAGUUAAUUUGAUCUGCUGCAUUUGCAGGAAAAUCAAACAGCUCAUUAAAAAGCCACGGGUUUAUUUCAUUACUGAAGAGGAGUAUAGGGAACAGACUGAACUGGAAACCAAAAAGGCUCUCGAGGAGCUCCGCAGAUGUUGCAGGAGUAAGGACUUUCCUGCAUGGGAAAUAGUAUCAAAAAUCAAAUUCCCAAAAAGAAUGGCGGACUUUAUCCUGGGAGCUUCACACCUCACACACGAGGAAGUGUGGAAUCAUGAACAACAUUAUGGAAUUGGGGGAGCCUUUUUGGAAGCCCAGCUCUUUGCUACGGAGGAAGAUAAUAGCUUUGUUUCACAGAAUGGUGAAGUGAUGGAUACAGAUGAAGAUCAUGAAGUCAGUGGUAUAGUGAAUUAACUCUUGCUUCACUUGCAUCCUCAAUAGGUUUUUUGAACCAUCAUUCUGAACAGGGAUUGACUAAUGCAUCAAAUAAUGUACAUAGAAGUAUCUGGUUUUGAUAUUUCUUACACUGGGAUGCACAAAAGAAAGGCAAACUGACCAAGGAUACAAGCUGAUCAGUGAAUAUGUAAGUUCUAAUUCAGUUUGUAUUUUUCUUCUGACAAAAAAAUUUGCACUAAUGUAUGUGGUUCUGGUGAGAGGGACCUUUUAGCUUUGAAGUUGCAAUGUUUUUUGUCAACUUAGUGACGUGCGGAACAGAAAUUCCAGGCCUCAGUCAGGUUACAGACUUUUAUAUGCACAAUUAUCUGUUUUCUUUUUUUUUAAUUGCUGAAAAUAUAUAUCUGUAAUUCACGAGCAAAUGAAUAAGCGGAUCUUUCUUCAAACCCAUUGAAAGAUAACCGGUUUGUCACAUGUAUCUUGUUGAAUUCUGAGGUCUUGGAGACACCAAUUCAGUUCACCUAGUGUGAUCUGUGACGGCACUUUACUUAAUGUAACUAAGAAUGCUAUCUCUAGAAGAAUAUUGGUUGAAGGUUGGAUAAUGAAAACUUUAGUUGUCAGCCAUCAAAUUGCAAGCACUACUCAGUGAUUAAGGACUUCACCAUGCACAACCCAGAAGGACUGUUGCUGUGUUUUGCUGCAGUGAGAACCUCUUCCUCUCAGCACAUUUGAUGAGAAAACAAGGAAGACUAUUUUUCUAUUAAUUCUGCUACCAACCUCCAGGCCAAUAAUUGUUGACCUGCAUUGCUGCAUUGCAUACAAUCAUGUUGGUGCCAAAGUUGGUGGAAUAAACUGAACUCCUUCAUGGAUAAAGUGAUUGAGGUUUAGAAGCCAUAUUCAGAAAUCAUCAAGUAUGAUUUAAAAAUAUAUCUCUGGGUUAUAACUGUUCCCUUCUCUGUACUGCUUUAAUAUUUUUGAAGUAGAGUUUAGAAAUAAAUGGGAUUGUUAUGAUAUUUAAAUAUGGGGAUUAAUCAUGUACUUGAGCAGAUGUCUGCAAUCCAAACAUUCUGUAAAGCACAUUGUAUUCCUGCUGUACUUCACAAUAUGGUGUGAAAACAAGAGAAUAUGUAAGAUGAAAAAAGAAGGCAAUUUGCCAGCAAGGUACAUCAUCUAAAUAGAUUGCAAUUUCAAACUGGAAUUUGGCAUUAAAUUUGAAUUUUUGGACAAAAUUUGUUCAUGGUGUGUAUGUUUUAAUAUGCAAACAACAGGAAUUCUGCAGAUGCUGGAAAUUCAAGCAACACACAUCAAAGUUGCUGGUGAACGCAGCAGGCCAAGCAGCAUCUAUAGGAAGAGGCGCAGUCGACGUUUCAGGCCGAGACCCCUUCGUCAUGUUUUAAUAUGAUUCAUUUAGAAACAUUAGUUUUUAUUUCACACCCAGUUUAGGUAAAAUGAAUGGUCUGUUUUUAUUUUGAUUGUUAUAGAAGCAGCAGGUAUAGGUUAAUUUUUAUAUCAUAGUGCUCUGAUUAAAAAAACUGAGCUUGAAAAAAAUCAUUGGUAGGAGUUGGUUAGAUCAAAAUAAUGUUCCACUAGAUUGAUAAGAAAAUCAAGCAAGGAUUAUGUUGUUAAAAAGUAUUUUGUUAUCUAGAACAAGAGGCCAAAAUAAAGGUUAAGCCAUUAAGGGUUGAGAUGAGACAUUUCCUUUUACACAUGAAGGACAAAGAAAACUUGGUAGAUAGCCAUCCACGCUGAUGGAGCUUUUACUAGAUUUCAGAAAAUCAAAAUGUAUACAUAAAAUGAAAUGGAUUAAUCAUCUGGAUAUUUCUUGAACAAAUGUUGUUCAAAAAUGCAAAUUGAAUGCUGAGUUCCAGUUUGAAAUUGCAAUCCAUUUACAGUGGCAUGCAAAAGUUUGGGCAUCCCUGGUCAAAAUCUCUGUUAUUGUGAAUAGUUAAGUGAGUAGAAGAUGAACUGAUCUCCAAAAGUCAUAAAAUCAAAGAUGAAAUAUUCUUUUCAACAUUUUAAGCAAGAUUAGUGUAUUAUUUUUGUUUUGUACAAUUUUAGAGUGAAAAAAGGAAAGGAGCACCAUGCAAAAGUUUUGGCACCCCAAGAGAUUUGAGCUCUGAGAUAACUUUUACCAAGGUCUCAGACCUUAAUUAGCUUGUUAGGGCUAUGGCUUGUUCACAGUCAUCAUUAGGAAAGGCCAGGUGAUGCAAAUUUCAAAGCUUUAUAAAUACUCUGACUCCUCAAACCUUGUCCUAACGAUCAGCAGCCAUGGGCUCCUCUAAGCAGCUGCCUAGCACUCUGAAAAUUAAAAUAAAUGAUGCCCACAAAGCAGGAGAAGGCUAUAAGAAGAUAGCAAAGUGUUUUCAGGUAGCCGUUUCCUCAGUUCAUAAUGUAAUUAAGAAAUGGCAGUUAACAGGAACAGUGGAGGUCAAGUUGAGGUCUGGAAGACCAAGAAAACUUUCCAAGAGAACUGCUCAUAGGAUUGCUAGAGAGGCAAAUCAAAACCCCCUUUUGACUGCAAAAGACCUUCAGGAAGAUUUAGCGGACUCUGGAGUGGUGGUGCACUGUUCUACUGUGCAGCAACACCUGCACAAAUAUGACCUUCAGGGAAGAGUCAUCAGAAGAAAACCUUUCCUGCGUCUUCACCACAAAAUUCAGCGUCAGAAGUUUGCAAAGGAACAUCUAAACAAGCCUGAUGCAUUUUGGAAACAAGUCCUGUGGACCGAUGAAGUUAAAAUAGAACUUUUUGGCUGCAAUGAGCAAAGGUAUGUUUGGAGAAAAAAGGGUGCAGAAUGUCAUGAAAAGAACACCUCUCCAACUGUUAAGCACAGGGGUGGAUCGAUCAUGCUUUGGGCUUGUGUUGCAGCCAGUGGCACGGGGAACAUUUACUGGUAGCAAAUUCUGGAAGCAAACAUCACACUGCCUGUAAAAAAGCUGAAGAUGAAAAGAGGAUGGCUUCUACAACAGGAUAAUGAUCCUAAACACACCUCAAAAUCCACAAUGGACUACCUCAAGAGGCGCAAGCUGAAGGUUUUGCCAUGGCCCUCACAGUCCCCUGACCUAAACAUCAUCGAAAAUCUGUGGAUAGACCUCAAAAGAGCAGUGCAUGCAAGAUGGUCCAAGAAUCUCACAGAACUAGAAGCCUUUUGCAAGAAUGGGCAAAAAUUCCCCAAACAAGAAUUGAAAGACUCUUAGCUUGUAAACGCUUUUUGUAGCCAGCUGUGAUACUUGCCAAAGGGGGUGUUACUAAGUACUGACCAUGCAGGGUGCCCAAACUUUUGCUUCGGGUCCUUUUCCUUUUUUGUUAUUUUGAAACUGUAAAAGAUGGAAAUAAAAAAGUAAUCUUGCUUAAAAUAUUAAAGAAAUGUGUCAUCUUUAACUUUAUGC